UAGGUAAUACAUUCGCAUAUCUCGGCAAUAAAUAGUCUCAAUAUACACAUGUUUAUUUUACUAUGAAACAUUUAACCUGAAAAGAAGUCAUGCUCAAGACACUCAUUUUCUUUGGAGGAUUAACAUGUCUAUCAGUCAACUCACAAGGUCUAGCCAUUGACUUUAUAAAGGAGAGAGCCGAUAACUCAACUUACGCCGUAAAUGACGUCAUUGCUGACAAAACUAGUAAAGAGAGACUGCAUAUUUUGUGCCGCACAGGUUCCAUUUCAAAUUUUGUUACUUUUAAAUACAUCAAUCUUAGUAAACUAUCAAGCAAUGACAGUGAACAAAUGUUGGCUGUAAUGCAGGAUGUUUUUUCUGGAAAACCCGGAUACCAAACCCCUUACCUUUAUCCAGGAAGUGACAUCACUGGAAUUCAAGCACUUGGUAGUUACAAUAGGACCAAUCCAACCAUUGGAAUAUCAAUACCAGUUUCAAGUCUGAGCUGUGACAACAUGAUAUAUCAAUGUCAAUUGUCGUACGAGUACGAUAAUUGGCCAACUGAACCUAUUGUUGAAACGCAAACAAAUGUUUCACGAAAUCUCACAAUUUCAGAUACAUGUCUUGGAAACAUGCCCGAACAUAAUGAUUAUGGAAAAUUGGUUGCGCUUAUAACUGGAGUUGUCGUCUGUACAAUUCUGGUAGCAGCUUUGGUGACUGUUUUAAUACGAAAGCGUUGGAACACGCUAUCGAAUGAACAAACAAAUCUACGCGAUAACGACACUACGUGAGUUGAUGUGUUUCCUUUAAGUGUAUUGCUAUUUAUAUAAUAGUGUAAUAAGUAAAUGAUGUAAUGAGUAUUUUCUCUGUUAUGAUUCAAUAUGAGAUUCUAGAUUUAACUUUGGUAUUGAUAUCGUAGUAUACAAUAUAUCUAACAUAGAACAGUUGUAAAUCGUUACAUUUCUAUCCAUCGAACAUGAACGUCCUGCAGCACA